AUGGCCUCCAUGGCAGUUCCAGGAACUGCCACGUCUCGCUCACUCGCGGAUGUCUCCAGAGCAGUUGUAUAUAACACAGCAGAGGCCAUAUCCGACUCUGUGCUCGGCAUGAAACCCGCCGAUACUACACCGUCGACCAGCUUUGGUCUCUUAGGGCGUGUCAUUCUAUCCAUUCUCAGUGUACUGCCUACCCUUCUGUACUGGGUUACAUAUACCCUACCGACAUGGCUGUUCACGCUCUUUUCCAUGAGCUUGACCUUCACAAUGAACUUCACAACUCUGAUGCUCGUUGUCGUCUUCGUUGUAUCUACCGUCAGCUACUUCGUAAGGUAUAGAUACAUGACUAUGUACGCACGACUACCGCCUGAGCCGCAGCGUGAAGAACCACAAGUCGAGGUCUUUCCAGACAGUGCCGAGAGCGACUCCAAGAGGGGCUUGUCUAACUACCUUGAUGAAUUCUUGAGCGCGAUCAAAGUGUUCGGUUACUUGGAGCGCCCAGUCUUCCACGAGCUGACCCGCACCAUGCAGACUCGCCGGCUGGUAGCUGGCGAGACCAUUCUCUUGGAAGAAGAGAAAGGCUUUUGUCUCGUAGUAGAUGGCUUAGUCCAGAUCUUUGUCAAGUCAAAUCGGAAUGAUUCAGAUUCUGAUGAGGAUGACAUGGGCGAGGGAUCACCCGGCGACCGCCACCGACAGGGCUACCAGCUUCUUACUGAAGUGAAAAAUGGAGCACCAAUGUCUUCGCUAUUCUCCAUUCUCUCUCUAUUUACAGAAGAUGUCAAGCUGCGUCAUGACGAAGAUGAAGACCCACGGCCAAGUGUGCCGGGGACACCACAACGAGAAGCAAGACCAUCCAUGUCGCGAAACAGUAGCUUUGCUUUCGACGAUUCGAGACCGCACACUCCACACGAAGUCCCUGAGGCCAAAAUACGGCAUCGAAGAACAUCAACUUUAAACAGUCCAACAGCAGGCGGUCGACUUCAAAGUGUACCGCCCUUGUCGUUGGAUUUGGAUGGCUUCGGUGACGAGCGUAUCAAGCACAGCAAAACUCGAGGAUCACCUUCGCGUCCAGCGAAACCCAAGUCUGCCCAUCCAGAUAUUGUCGCGCGCGCAACCGUAGACACAACCAUCGCUAUCAUUCCGGCUACUGCAUUUCGUCGAUUAACGCGCAUAUACCCUAAAGCGACGGCGCAUAUUGUUCAGGUCAUCCUCACGCGGCUCCAGAGAGUUACUCUUGCGACCAGCCAUGCUUACCUUAGUCUGACGAACGAGGUCCUCCGCACGGAAAAGCUCAUGAAUAAGUACACUACCUACGAUCUUCCAGGGUUCCUACGUGAUGCUCCUCUUGAACGACUCAAGGAGAAGUUUGCAAAAGAAACGGAACGUAUUGGCUCAGACGAGGGCAUGAAGGGGAUAGCAUUGCACAACCCUGGAGCUGGUCGCCGACGGAGAUCUAGUGUCUCGUUGAGAAGAGGAACAGCUGCACAGGCCCGGCUUGCCGCCGUCCGCGGAGCCAACACUAAUAUAAGUAACCAAGCAUUACCCAAGAUCACAUCACCUGACCAGGGACCGCGCAACGACAGAAUCAGCGCAGGUGAUCUGUUGACCAACUCGCAGAUGGCGCGAGGGACCGGUCGCAGUGGCCGUAGCAGCUUUUCUCAGCCAUAUCAACAUCAACAGGACCGUCGUGACAUGCGCACACCAUUGGAAGCUAGCAAUUUCAACCCUUUCGCGUCUCCCUCGCUACGUCCCAAAACGCUCCACCGCCAAGAAUCUAUCGAUGAAGCUACAGUGUUUAGGGAGUCUAUACUGGGGUGCAUGUUCAAGGCUAUCGGACUCACUAAUCCAGAGAAUCCCAUGCCCAGGCCAACUGCUUCGGUGGAACAAUCACCUCAACUUGUCUCCUUCGACGCCAAGAGACAAAAGGCCGUCUUCACGAACGCAUUCGGUUUCAUCGACCCUUAUGCUGGGGGUUUGCGGGACGGAGACACCGAGUCUGUAGCGUCAGCAUCAGGAAUGUCCAGCAUGAGCGCUGCAGGACCACAUAACAUAUUGGAAGAAGUCGUCAACGAUGUGGAAAUUGUUUUCUUCCCCAAAGAUUCCGUACUUGUGGAACAGGGAGAAAGGAACCCCGGCUUAUACUACGUGAUCGAUGGAUUCCUGGAUGUGAGCGUGCCCAUUGAAGAUGACGGACCCGAAACCAACGUGCUAGGGACACUUCCGAAUGGGCCUGGCUUGACUGAAGAUGAUCUUUUUGGUUCGUCACCACGCCCAGCAGGAUCAGGUACUCCUUCACGAACUGCUGCAGAUGGUAGUAAGAGAAAGCGGACAAGGCGCAGUCUGUUCAUGACUAAGCCUGGUGGAUUAGCUGGCUAUCUUGGAGCGGUAUCGUCGAACCGAUCCUUCGUCGAUGUAACAGCUAAGACGGAUGUUUACGUGGGCUUCUUGCCCCGCUCAGCCAUUGAAAGAAUUGUCGAACGGUACCCUGUCGUACUACUCACGAUAGCAAAACGUCUAACGACACUCCUCCCACGCUUGAUUCAGCAUAUCGACUUCGCUUUAGAAUGGGUUCAAGUAAAUGCUGGCCAAGUCAUCUACAAUCAGGGCGAAGAGAGUGACGCUAUCUACAUCGUCUUGAAUGGACGAUUGCGAGCAAUCCGCGAUGCUGAAAGCAGCGCUGUAAAGGUCAUUGGGGAAUACGGCCAAGGCGACAGCGUUGGUGAACUCGAAGUACUCACGGAAUCCUCUCGACCCGGAUCACUACAUGCUAUUCGAGAUACAGAACUUGCAAAGUUCCCGAAGACUCUCUUCAACAGCCUGGCUCUGGAACAUCCCGGUAUCACCAUCAAGAUAUCAAAGAUCAUCGCGUCUCGAAUGAGAGCUUUAGUUGACGAUCCACUGCAUGAACAAAGCAAAGAGCGUGGCACAAAAGCCACUCGGGCAAAUGUUUCUUCCACCAUCAAUCUCCGUACUGUUGCUGUUCUUCCGGUGACUGCUGGAAUUCCAGUGGUAGACUUUGGAAGUCGCCUAGUAAACGCACUCACACAAAUUGGUAUGCCACAAGGUGUGGUAUCUCUCAAUCAAGCUGCCAUUCUAAAUCACCUCGGAAGGCAUGCCUUCAGCCGCAUGGGCAAACUUAAACUUUCGCAAUACCUUGCCGAUUUAGAGGAAAGGUAUGGUAUGGUCAUCUAUGUCGCCGAUACACCAGUCAAGUCGCCCUGGACUCAGACGUGUAUCAACCAAGCGGACUGCAUUCUCCUCGUGGGCCUAGCUGAGUCGUCACCAAACAUUGGCGAGUACGAGCGGUUCCUUUUGACAACGAAGACGACUGCACGCAAGGAGCUGGUGCUUCUGCAUUCGGAAAGGUACUGUCCUUCGGGAUUGACGAGAAAGUGGCUGCGCAACCGCCCAUGGAUCAAUGGCAGUCACCAUCAUAUUCAUAUGUCAUUCCGUGCAACCUCAGAACCAGUGCAUCACGCCGGAAGACGUUUCGGAAACGCGCUGAAGCAACGUGUACAAGUCAUCCAGGCUGAGAUCCAGAAGUACACUUCAAGGAAAGUCCGACAGACGCCGCUCUACUCAGCAGACACGCCUUUCAAGGGUGACUUUCAUCGCCUUGCACGACGUUUGUGUGGCCGCUCAGUCGGUCUUGUGUUGGGGGGUGGCGGCGCUCGUGGUAUAUCCCAGAUCGGUAUCAUCCGUGCGCUUGAGGAAGCUGGUAUUCCGAUCGACAUCGUGGGUGGUACAUCCAUCGGCAGUUUCAUAGGUGCGCUCUACGCUUGGGAUGCGGAUGUCGUUCCCAUGUAUGGUCGAGCGAAGAAGUUUGCAGGCCGCAUGGGUAGCAUGUGGAGAUUUGCACUCGACCUCACUUAUCCUUCUGCUUCAUAUACUACUGGCCACGAGUUCAACCGCGGUAUCUUCAAGACAUUUGGUAACUCACAAAUGGAAGACUUCUGGCUCGAAUUCUACUGCAAUACUACCAACAUCAGCAAGUCGCGUUCGGAAAUCCACACAAGCGGAUACGUCUGGCGCUAUGUUCGCGCAUCAAUGUCGCUUGCUGGAUUACUUCCUCCGUUAUGUGACAACGGUAGUAUGCUUUUGGAUGGUGGUUACAUCGACAACUUGACCGUCACACACAUGAAGAGUCUCGGUGCAGAUGUCAUCUUCGCCGUCGACGUCGGCAGUCUUGAUGACAAUGCACCGCAGUCUUUCGGCGACUCACUGAGUGGCUUCUGGGCAACGUUCAAUCGGUGGAAUCCAUUCUCUAGCUUACCCAACCCUCCGACUUUGUCGGAAAUUCAGUCGCGCCUCGCGUAUGUGUCUAGUAUCGAUGCGCUGGAACGUGCGAAGAACACACCGGGAUGCAGGUAUAUGCGUCCGCCAAUUGAUCCGUACGGCACGCUUGACUUUGCGAAGUUUGAAGAGAUCUACGAGGUUGGGUACAAAUACGGCAAAGAAUAUCUAGCGCAACUUCGCGAACAAGGCGUGCUCCCCGUCACCGAAGAGACGGAGAAAGAGAAGAAUCUCCGACGGACAAUGGCACCGCGACGGGCAAGCAUUUAG